AUCAUAACUUUAUGAAAGACGGGAUGUAUCGAAUAAUGUGGUCCCAGUCACGUUAUCUUAAAAUAAAACGGGAGAGUCAUGGGUGGAACGCUUUUAAUCAAAUGAGCUAAACAAUGAUAGCAAUUUAGUUUUAUGUAUCUGUGAUCACGGUGACAUGAAGUGUGGAUACUGGCGAAAUUGAUGCAAGGGAAGUAACUACCGAUAGCUUUAUUGCGGUUGCCAUUAGUUACCACGCGUUUAUUGGUGACAAUAAAUCGUACGCUACUGUCAACCGCGAAACACGUAAGAGACCGUCAGUGUUUAACAAUGGAUAAAGGGAAAGAGAAAAAGUCAAGCAAGAAAGAGAAAAGUGUUAAAGACAAAAAGUCUGACAGAGGUAAAGACAAGACCCUCGCAGGAGAUUUGGAUGAACUCACAGACAAACGAUCGGAACCUUACAUCUGUACAGGAAAUUUUAUAGUUGACUUUGAGGAAAUCUGCCAAAGAAAUUCUGUCAAUGUCGUUCCUGAAAUUGUGCCAAGAGCAAAAUGGCCUUCUCAGGUCCAACCAAACAAUACUUUUCCCAUUGACGGCAAGGCUGAUAAAACAAAGAGUCCACAGAAAGUAACCAACCAAGUACCAGAAGCAGAAAUAGAGAUUGUCGAGACUCCUGAUGACAAUGGUGAGGCAAAACCCAAAACAUUCAUCUUAAGAGAAGGAUAUGAAUAUUUUAAGCCUCGAAUCCAGAUUGAAAUAGAGGUUAAGGAGAAACCUGAAACUGUGUCGGAAGUAUAUAUUCGAGGUUGGAAAGUUGAUGAGAAAUACCUAAAGAUAUUUCAGAAAUGUUGGGUCUCCAUGGAUAGAUUAAAUCUUGUCAGUCUUUGGGACACAGGUCUUGAUCAAGAUUCCAUACAGACUUUGGCGGCCUUUCUUCCCAGAUGUUGUAACCUCAAGAAACUCUGCAUUGAUGCCAACUACAUCAAAUAUUCUGAUUAUGGAAUGCUGGUGCAGAAAAACAGCCACAUUCAGUUCCUAUCUCUGAGACACUGCAGAAUAACAGACCAAUCUCUCUACAAUAUUACCCAGGCCAUUGGUAAUUCCGAAGCAUGUAAACUCAUCUCACUCAAUCUUACAGGAAACUUUAUAACAGAUCGCGGAGCUAAGUACCUUGCAUAUGUGUUGCGGAAGAAUCGAAGUCUACUGGAACUUGGAUUAGGCAACAACCAAAUUGGAGAUGAAGGAGCCAAGGCUUUUGCCAAUGUGCUGUCAAAAUUUAAACUGAAUGAGGAUGAAAUUUUUGAGAGGAGAAAACUCAUAAUGGAUAAACAAAUUGAUGAUAUGAAAAAUCCAGUCUUAACUUUACUGCCAGAGACACUGUUACAGCCAGGCCGUAAAAGCGACAUGCGUGAUACCUCUACAAUUUCCCUACGAACGGCAUCUGACAAGAAGGAGAAGCGAGAAAGAGGGAAAGGGAGAAAAGAAUUAAAGUCUGGGAAGGACACCUUAAUCAAAGAUGAUGAAAAGGGUUUGAAGGUAAAGAAGGAUAAAGAAGACAAGGGUAAUAGUGCUACUACCACUCCUGUUAGUGCUGGCGUAAGCCAACAUCCUGCUAGUUCCAGUACACCAUUUGCCACAAGUCAGAGCUCUGCAAACCUAUCAUCUUUCGGAAAAAAGUUAUCAAAAGAACAUUCUGGAAAAAGCAUGAGAUCUCCAGGACUGCAAGUAUCAAUAACCAAAACUUCUACAGAAAUGGAGGGAAUAACCAUCAUGGAACAUGGCCAUCCUCUCAUGGGUAAAGUUGAAUACAACAGUAUACAUAAAGAACUUUGGGUUACUGGCAAUAAAAUGCUCAAAUGCUUAGAUUUAUCCCGUAACAAGAUUACCUCCAAUGGCAUUAAAGAGUUACUAGAUUCCAUGAAGAGACAAUCAGACCAGAAUAUCCCUGAACAAUCUGGUCUGUUCCCUGGACUUCUUUGUUUGAGAAUUAAGAAGAAUUUGGCCCCUGAAGAUUGUCCCGUUGUAAAGGAACUAAACGAGUUAAUGGCCACUCGGGAUCCCGUACGCAAAGUAGUGAAAGACGAAAAUGGUAAUUAGAAAGAACGACUCACUGAUUAAGCAGAGUACCAUAUACGGUGCUGCUCUUUUCAUUUUCCAGACAUUUAAAAAAAUAAUUCAUGUAUUUUCAUUCAUUAAAAA